CAUUUGGUUCGGGCGGGCUUGCUUCCCGCUGCACGCACUGAUGACAGCGCGACACUUGCGCGCGGAUCACUGUGCACGGCAAAGGCCUUUAGGGGCAGCUUUUCGCGCCAAGCUCGAGCGAGAUAAUAUUGCUCCAACGCGUCGCUCCUUUUGUUCGCAGCGUCCAAUUGGUCUCCUCUCAUUAGCCAUUGGCGUGCACUAUGCCCAUCUUUCCUUGUAUACCCCUUCUGACCGUAAUAGUAAUGUCAUAGCUGUAGCUAUAAUCCUUCCACAGGCACGCAUGAACGACUCUGCGUAUCGAGAUAAGCUCGAGCUUGUGAACCCUGAGUAAUAAUAUCUGGCGGGCAUCAUGGGCGAAACCGAAUCAUCCACACCUCGCUCUACCGCCGAACCACAGCUCAAGGCUGCCAAAGACAAGAACUGUCCCUUUUGUGGCCAGGCCUUCACUUCAUCCAGUCUGGGACGUCACCUAGACCUGUACAUCAGACCCAAAAACCCAAAGGCGCCCGACGGCGUCCAUAAUGUCGACGAGAUCCGGAAGCUGCGAGGCGGCAUCACCAGGCGACAGGCCAAGGGCAGCGUAUCAACACCGCGCCGCGAUGACAGCGGCACCAGUACGCCUGCAAACAAGAAGCGGAUAGCGAGCGAAGACUCUGUCCUUGUCGGCAGCCCCGAGGACGACGAUGAGCCGCUAGAGAUUGGCAAGACGAGGGGGCAGUUCAAGGAUGUGAGCUGGGGAAGCAGCAACCGGCCUUCAAGGCUAAACACCAAAACACCAGACCCUCGCCGUGAUGCAUCGCGGCAGACACGCAAGGCCGACCUCGACCAAAGGCAGAAAACCAACGAGGAAAAUGAAAUUGCGAGCGCCACCGAGAUGGCGUUGCGGGAGCUGUUGAAGAGCGUGCGAGACGCCAAUGCCAAAGCAUCUGGCUCCGGCCUCUUCGACUUCGACCCCUACACGCAAAACUUCCCCUCACUGUGCCUCCAAAUCCUCCCCGCGCCCUCGACCCUCUUCUCACCCACGCCCUUUCCCACGUCCGAGUCAUGGUCCAUCACCCCGCCGGGCCAGAAGCAGUUCGAAGCCCUGAACAAGCAGGUCCGCGAGCGUCUGCUUGCGUACCAACGCCAGCGUCAGGUCAACCAGGUCUACCCGUCAGGCUCGCACUCAUCCGCUCCUUCCACCAACACCUCACCCCUACCCACACCACCGCUCUUUGACCACGACCCACAACGUCUCUUUGGCCACAUUGCAGACGCCUACCACCACUGGACACAACAGUCAGACAAGACGAGGCAGGAGUACUGGCAGAUUGAGAUACUGCGCUGCUAUGCCCGUGCCGACGACAGGCGACGGGAAGCUGAGGUGCAGCUGGGGAACGCACGUCGAGAGAUUGAAUACUUGAAAGCCAACCGCUGGACUUCGGGAGCUCCCGAUGUAUCGCCCAUCAGUAUCAACCUCGGCACCGACACUGCCAGAGAGCUUGCCAAGCACGGUAUGGACUACCGCAACUGGGACUACGACCGCCUCAUCGACAAGUGGCGGACCGCUAUACGCGAGAACAGGGCUUCAGUUUCUGGUAUGAGUGCUCAGAAGCCACUCCCCAGCGGCACUAGUUCUAGGAGCUGCUCCAUGGCUAGUCUCCCACCAACGCAGUUCGCUACCGUGAACCAGCCUAGGCAAGGCAGCCCGAUCAAGGUCGAGACCAACAUGCCCUUCAGUGCACCACCCACUGUGUGUGGUGAUGGAGACAACGACCAAGUCGAUGCAGAGGGCGAUGAUGACGACGACGAUAUCGACCUAACUCCUCAGACCAUCGAGGAGGACGAAUCGAUGCACCAGAUGCAGCAUCAAGCCCAACAGCAGGCCUUGCAUCAUCCCCAGCCCCAACAUCACCAUGGAGCUCCCCUCCAACCGACGCCACCGCAUCCCUCACAGCAGUUUCAACCACAUAUGCAGACCACCCACAUCAGCCAGGCUCAGAUUGCGCAGGCGCAGGCUCAAGCCCAAGCAUGGGCAGCCGCGCGUCAGCACAUGAACCAGUCACGCAAUCAAGACUUCCGCCCACAUCAGCAGCAUCAGCUCUCGCCUCAUUUACAGCACGUCGGCUCAGCUGAUAGCAGUCGACGAGAAUCGCUCGCCAUGAUGGACCCACACGGUAUGAACCAGAACAACAUGAGCGCCAUGGGCAGCUCCAUGAUGUCAGGGGGUAUGGACAGUCUCGACAGCCGUCAAGACCAGUUUCUUCACAUGGAUAUGGGCAUGUCGACGGGCUUUGUCGGCUCGAACGAUCCCAGCGUCACAAUGGGUUAAUCGAUGCUGUACAGCACAACAGCAAGAUUGUCAACGAUGGGCAGAAAGGACUCUUCGGCAUGGCGUAACGUGAUACACGGAACGCGAUACACGGACUGGCCUACUCUACAGCGGUUUUCACACAUCUCGUUAUUUCGUUUGUUCAACACUCUCGCCUCUUUCUCCCUUUGUUUUUCUCUAUCUUUCUAUACUCAGCUCGGCUUUUCGCUAUACCCAUAUACCCGGCCUUGCAGCUUGAUACCCAUUUUCUUGUCAACCUUGGAACC